ACAUCAAAAGGACAAACCAAAGCAUUGAUUCUGGAAUUGGUGACUCCAAAGACAAUAGCGAAAAAGGUACCAGGAAUGAUACCAAAGCUAUGGCAACUUCAAAAGCGACAAAAAUUACUGAAACAGCAAUACACCAAAAUCCACAAUGACUCCAAAAGCGACGUGAAAGCAACAAGAGUUACAAAAAGCAAAACGAAAGAAAAAAAACAUAACGAAGACAGUGAUACACCAAAAUCCAUGAUGACUCCAAAAGCGACACGAAAGCAACAAGAGUUACAAAAAGCAAACCGAAAGAAAAAACAUAAUGAAGGUACCAGGAACGAUACCAGAGCUACGGCAACUCCAAAAGUGACGAAAAUUACUGAGACAGCAAUACACCAAAAUCUACGACGACUCCAAAAGCGACACGAAAGCAACAAGAGUUGCAAAAAGCAAACUGAAAGAGAAAAACAUAACGAAGACAGUGAUACACCAAAAUCUAUGACAACUCCAAAAGCGACGCAAAAGCAACAAGAGUUACAAAAAGCAAACCGAAAGAAAAAACAUAAUGAAG